AAGCAACAUGAUGGCCAGUGAUUAUAUCGAAUAUCUGUCGGCCAAUGUGCUGAAUGAUGGGCAGACAGUCAGCUACCGUACGCUGAGUCGAGCACUCCGAGUGCAUAGUAAUCUCGCCAAACAGAUGCUCUACGACUUCCAUCACAGCCAGAACACAAAGAAGCCGACUACGCUGCAUGCCACAUAUCUGAUCACCGGAAGAAAAACAAUCUCGUUGGAACAAGCAGAAGACAAGGCCGUAGAGAGCCAACAUGGCCCGGACAAGACCAUGCGAAGUAGUCCUGCGCCUAGUAGCCCCACCCACAACCACGACCAGCCAGAGAUCCGAGAAUACCAAGCAACAUCGAUACUCUUGGUAGAUCAGGACCAUCUCGAUGCUGCAAAGUCAACCUUCGACCAAGUGCUGUCGAUACACGUCUACAGUAUUCAACCUGGCAAGCUCAACGAUCUGCAUGUCUUGACAGAAUGCAAUCGUGCCAUCAUGGCCACGGCCGUCAACGAGGACCUGCUGGAGACGUCCAAGCAGUAUGGCAUCAUCCAAAAUUCUCAGGUCAAGCGCCGCCCCAUGCGUGCUCAAAAGCAACCGCCUCCUCCCAACGCAGCACCUGCGAACCCGGCCAAGUCCAUGUUCGCCUCCAGUCGACCUUCAGCCAAAGGAACUUCGAAGAGUUCCACAUCAGCCAGGUCCACCCCUGACUCGUCGCAAGCUUCAACACAAGCCUCGUCAAAACCUGCCGCUACCAAGACAGCACCUCUGAAACGCGAAGGUUCGAGCCUGUUCAAAGCAUUUGCCAAAGCCAGACCAAAAGCCGACAGUCAAGCGACUGAAUCUUCUGCCGAAGCUUCUCCUGCGUUGGAGCCGGCUGUGAAAGAAGAUGAGCCUAUGCACGACCUAUCUGAUGAGGAAGCCGACGACGAGGAUGCUGCUAUGCUUGACGAGGGCGCAAUCACAGAGACGGGAGGCAAAUCUAAGAAAGAGAGAGAGGAAGCACUGCGCCGCAUGAUGGAUAUGGAAGACGAACCGAUGACGGACGCACCCGCCAAAACACCCGCAGCAGUCACUCCAGAGCCCGCAGCAGAUGAAUCUGAUGCCAAAUCCGAGCCGCAGAAGAAGGAAGAACCCGAAGAGAAGGUCAUCGUGGCUGGUGGCCGCAGACGAGGCAGAAGGAGAGUAAUGAAGAAGAAGACGGUCCAAGACGAAGAAGGUUAUCUCGUGACACGAGAAGAACCCGGCUGGGAGUCCUUCUCGGAGGAGGAACCCGAGCCCAAGAAGGUCAAGGUGGCCGUUGCACCCCCUGCUGCGAAGAAUAAGAAGGCUGCCCCCAAGGGUCAAGGAAACAUCAUGUCUUUCUUCUCCAAGAAAUGACUCGAGUGCAACCAGACAGUGCAUCUGAUGAGGUACAUCAACAUGCCCGUAGCCCGCGUUUCAUCAUACCUUUAUGCAUACAGAGCAUCUCGGUUCGUUGCAUAGAUCAUCACAGUCCUCAUCCCGUUCUUCUCCUGACUUGCUUGACAUGUUAUCGAGCUCCACCCGAGACUACGCGGGCGUGAACCCUGUCACCUGUGAUAAGACCCAAAGACAACACGAGGUAAGACAGGAGAAAACGGUAGGCUGACAUUGAUCGCAUUUUGAUUAUCUACUUUUGAACUCCAGCCACAAUAUCCCAUACUCGUUACAAGCAAGCCUCUCG